CGUGGAAGCUUCAGGAGAGCUUGGGACUCGUUCUAGUUUCUUCUCUAAGAGGUUUAUUAAUUUAGACCAAAUUAGAAACAAACAGCGCCUCAGUUACUCCCGCAGGUAUUUAAGUGAGAUGUCGUCGGUCCUGCAGCUUAUUGCUCGCCCGGCCAAUGAGCGUCAGCGAAGCCAGUCCACCUGACGGGGAUUGUUUGGAGGAUAACAGGCUGGCCAUUAUUCAGACUUUCCAUCAGCCGGUCAGAGGAGCGUCAGCAGCUGUUCAAACCCCACAGGAACAAGCAGCUUCAUCUGAACUCUGUUUACCACCAUCAACAGCUCAAGGACCAAAAUGAACCUGCAGAAGACCCCCGUCGCCAUGGCCCUCGGUCUCCUGCUCCUUUGCACGCUGCUGCCCAGCUGUGAGGCCCGCCGGGGCCGUGGAGGAGGGGGCUUCGGCCGAGGUGUAGGGGGAGGCUACAGCCGCGGCUGGGGCGGUCAGUCCUACAGACCCGCGCCUGUCCAGGUACAGAGGAGCGGCCCCAGUGCGGGGAAAGUGGCCGGAGCAGCGGCUGCAGGAGCAAUAGGAGGAGCGAUGAUCGGGUCUGCCCUGAGCCGCCCCGGGUAUGGAUACGGCUAUGGAGGAUAUGGAGGGUACGGAGGUUAUGGGGGCUAUGGAGGAUAUGGAGGAUAUGGACCAGGGUACGGUUCCCCUCACUUCGGAGGCGGCUACCGUCCGAGGCCCGGCUACGAGCCUGAGGGCUCUGGAGACAUGGAGUACUUCACUGCAGCGUCCAGUGGGCCCAUCUACAACAGCAUCGUUGUCGUGAUUGGCUUCAUAACGUCCCUGCUGAUGGGAAACUGGAUGGCCGUCAUGUAGAGCUGGAGACCCCCCACCCCCCACCUAAUGAAAGGGAGCAUUUUAAAGUCAUCUCCAGCCCGUCACCUUUCUGAUGAAGAUCUCGUAUCACUAUCAUCAUCAUCACCGUCAUCAUCAAUCAGCGCUCCUGGCUCUGCACUGAUGUUCAUUCAACAACACGAAGCCAGACAUCGUCACUCAUUCCCAGGGAUGAGAGGAAAACCCUCUUCAGAGCAAACUAUCCCAAGCCCAUUUGAUUUUAUGAACAGUUUAUUCAUAUUUCUCCUUGAAUGUGACCGCAGACGUGCUCAGGUUAAGCCUACCUCAAAACAUCAUGACAGGAGAGGAUUUAGAGCAGCUACACCCUUGAUAUCAUCGUUUAAUGUAUGUCCCAAAUGAAAUUAUUUUGUUAUAAGUCGCAGUUGAUUAAUCUACAUAAAAGGUUCAUAUUUUUGAGUAUUCGGCUUGUAUAAAGAAGGUUUUAUUCACUUAUAGUACAUACUAAAUAAUAAUUUAACUCUUUUUGAAUGCUGCGGUGUCCUACUUUUUAACAGGUACUGUAUUUUAUGCCAUUUUGUAGGUUUCUGUAUAUGUACACAAUAAUUUCUAUAUAAGUUUGUCUAAAUGUAUUUUCUUGUUUCACUGUGUAAAAUUAAUUAAAAAAUCAAAGAAAA